AGAUCAUACACACAAAUAUAAGUAAUAAAGCACAUUAAAUGUGUUUUUAAUUACAUAUUUGUGAUGUGUUCAGCAAUUCUGGUGUUCAUUUGUUGGUUGGUGUUGUAUUUUCAAUAUUCCUGUGAAAAGUUAGCGUAAGGGCAACUGUGGCUCCAGAGCCUAUCCUGGGCACACUGGGUGUAUCCUGGGAAUGUAUCCUGAAUGGGAUGCCAGGGCACCAUGCAAAUGCACAUUCACACAGCCAAUUCACCUGCCUGCAUGUUUCUGGGAGGUGUGAGGAAACCAGACAACCCGGACGAAACCCACACAGGCACGGCGAAAACAUACACAGAAACACGAUACACACAGUAACCCAAGCCUAGGAUCAAACCAGAAACCCGGGAGUUGUUAUUGCAUUGUUCUUAAGCUCCCCUGAGAAAAAAAAAGCCUGUAAAACUGCGUAAAAAUUUCUGUUUAGCCACAAACAAAAGUCCUUCCAACCACUUCUCUUAAAUAGACAUUGUGUGUAAGAGAUCACCCUCUGCACCACAGUACUACACACACAGCACCAGGAACUGAAAUAUGACACAUUACUGCAGUGCUUCUCUUUUACACUUAAAUGAGCCUAAAUUCCAGCUGUCUCUUUUUUCGAACAUGUGCAGAAAUUAUCGAGAAGGCUUCUGACUUUCUGCAGUGUGGAUGUCAAGCAUGCCAGCUAAUUACAAUGGGACAUGGGUCACUGUGGAAAAUGAAAACCUUGAAAGUUACACUCCUUGAAUACAAUCUUUCAAAUAUACUAGGCUGUGCUAUUUAAGGAGCUUGUAUAUUAUUAUUUGAAUUGUUUCUUAUUUAUUAAGAGAAUUUAGGAGGAUCAUUGCUGUUAAUUAAUAAAUAUGUGUUAAUGCUUCCCAGUAACUUGUGUCGCAAGCUACUUUGGAUUUUAUAAAUAUUUAAUUCUGAAAAAUAACUCUAGGGCAUGAGUGUGACACAUAGUCAUGUAUUCACACUAGCCAUGACUGGCAUCUCCUCUUCAGUUAAUUCUUCCCACUCUGUGCGGGAUUUGGCAACUAGACCACAGCGUCCUGCUUGCGGCCCCGCAAAAGGCUGGCAUGACCUUGGUUUCCUCCACUGCUUUAUCUAGUGGUUGGAACACUCUGAGCAGAUCUGCUGGCCCAAACGCAGAGAGAUUUGGCACCUUCAGCCAGGUCACCUGUGCCUGUGGGUCUGUCCUUUGGCCAUCUGCCUAAAUCACAUUGCCUGAUUCUAAUAAUACUAACUUCUUAUCAGGGAUUGUUAGACAGUGGCAAGUCCUCAUCUAUGCUAAUGGCAUAUGUGGCAGCCAUUGCAGCACAUAGCACUUUGGAUAGCAUCACUUUGGCAAAAAAAAAAUAGUUGGGGAACUGCAUGCUCUGUGAAUAAGCUCACCUUGCAUACGUUGGUGGCCAGAUAACUCUGGGGUGACCUUGUGGUUGAAUUCAGGAUUCCUGACCAAGGGCAUAUCACCCAACUUAGUGAAUCAGAAGAUUGACUUUGCAACUUUCUUCCUUGUUGCACUCUACAAUACACACCCUAAAGUAUUAUUUAAACCAAUUGAUGGCCAUUCUAUCCUCAAACCACACCUUUGAGGGAAGUAUCAGUUGGGUUUUUUUCUAAGCAGAGGCUGGGCCACUGGGUGGUGGACAUCAUCAGUAUGGCUAGAAGCCCAGGCCCUACUUUAGCAUGCCAUUCUACAAGGAGCAUCAUUUCCUAAUGGGCAUUAUUUAGAGGCAUGUUGCUCCAAGAAGUGGUACUGCUGAUACCUGGGCAUCACCAGGCAAUUGCUCCAGGCUCUACAAGGUUUAACAUGACUCUUCCCAGCAGUGAAAGUGAGGCAGGCAUCUUUCAGCACCUUUCUGGUUAGUCCAGUCCUCAUUACAUUGUGGCUUACAUUAUCCAGGUGAUUCUCACUGCCCCAGGCAGUUGGGAGGGAUGAAAUAGGAGGUUAAUUACAUAUGUAACUGUAGUUCUUUGAAAGUUCAGUUUAAUAUGAAUUACACAUCAUUACAUGACUUGCUUGGAAGGUCUCAGCAUGUGUGCAAACAAGAAGGUGUCCAGGUGAUUCAUACCUCCCCUGGCAUUUAUCCAGGGUACAUAAAACGAUACAUAGAGUUAGAUGCGUAAUUAGCAUUUUGUCUAUUAAAUUAGUAGCUUUGUUUAGUUAGUAUAAAACAAAAUAUACUACACACUGUUAAAUGUUUAGCAUCACCAUAUUAUACUACUGGUAUAUACUAAACUACUAUACUACUACUUUUGGUAUAUAAUAUAUGGAAAUGGUCUAUCAUAUUUGAAAUCUAUCAUAUUUAUAGGACUUUUUUUUUGUCCUUUUUCCCAUACAAAACUAACUUGCCUUGGCUAAAAAUGUUGAUUAUAUGAACAUUAUUUUUUUUAUUUUUACAUUUCAAAGUGAUUUAUAAUUGACAAAAUCCUGUUUUUGUGCCUGGUCCAUCCACAGGAUGGUGCUAUAUGCAAAGUUCACGUGAAAUGGCCUUUAUUUUACAACUAAGCCCAUAAGAAGAUCAGCAGCAUUCUGCCUGUUUGAGUGACUCUGUGCCUUAGAAAGAAAUGUUUCAUCACUUCUUGCUUCAUGCAGCUUUUCAGAGCAGCAGAUGGCUUCCACGAAACCAGCGGCUGAAAUUCCAAAUAGUUCUUUUUAUUUUUGUGGUUCUUUUUCUGACACCCCAGGUUUACAUAUUGACAAGGCCAAAGUCUUCCCGCUACUGUGAAAAGCCGCUCUUGAACAACCUCAUAGCUCUCAUUGUGUUUUCAGUCAUGGCUACAGGCUUAGCAGUGACCCUUACUCUCACUGACCCUGUGCCCAAGAGUAUCAGGGCAGCUUAUCACACAUUCGGAGUGCUCUCAUUCACUCAGGGACUUUGUACCAUCAUUCUGACCUUCAAUGCUCCCCAGUGUGAGAAUACCACGCCAGAGCUCUAUCUCUUUUCACUGGUACUUUCAUGGGCUUGUAUCAUAUCAACAGCAUUCUUCAUGAUAAGAGGCUGCCUUUGGAUGUUCCACAGAAAGUAUCCAAACUGGUACAGAGAAACAUGGCUCUAGGCUGGUGUGUGAGCCACUGUCUGACUCAAUGCCUCAUACAGCCCAUGUAUUAUUGAGAGCCUCCUGUUGCGUUUGAGAUGGGUCUUCCGCUGAGCUCGGUUAGCUCCUGUUACAAAGGAUAUUGGUUUACAGUGCUGGCCAUACGAACCGCUAAAAAGUAAAAUGAACUUCAUAGCAGCACACCAUAAAUCCUUCUGCAGAUUAGUAGACUGUACAUUGCAUGUAAAUUAAAUAUUUUAUCAAAGUAAUAUAUCUUUUGCACAAUAAUAAUAAUUAUUAUUAAAAUAAUAUUGAAAUAUUUGCUGCAGUUGAAAAUGUAUUAAUUUCUGCUGAAUGACUGAGAAUCAUGCUUUAACAUUAAGAU